ACUCUCUCUCCCAUCUGAGGAUUUAACACAGUCCAGAGUGAAGCUGGCGGUCUCAGUCGUGCCCUGGAUUGUAGCAGAGACACAGACAGUGAGAGAAAGAGAAAGAGAGAGACCUCCACCAUGGAUGUCAAACUGCUGGCACUGAUGGCCGCUCUGCUGGCUGUGGCCACACAUGUACCAACAUCUAAUGGUAAGUCCAUGAGCCGAACAGGCUGCUAUAGGAUAUUUUAAAACUUCGAGAAGCUAGCUGGCUCAGGCCAGGUUGUCUUUGGCAUUUAGUUGCUGCGUGAGAUGUUUAAGUCUUUAUGAAGGAAACAAAGUUUGGAUGUUUAGACUGUCUAUUGUUUGUCUUUUUCCUUUUUAGCUUCUUUUAUUUCUGAUGUAGUCUGUUUUAAAAUUUCCUCCACUGAAACACUGCUCCAUUUGGAAUAAUGUGAAAAGUUAACACAGUUUUGUAGUUUGUACCCGGAUUUAUUCACUUGGGUCUUGAUGGUUUGAUCAGUUUUGUUUGUUGGAGACAAAAGACAUGCCUGAAGUUUCACCUUUUUGCACUUAUCACAGUUCAAACACAGCACUUUAGACAAUACUUUGAAUUUUUAAAGGUACAUCUCUCUCUUAGACUGACUAUAAUUCAGACUGAUUCAUUUUGUGUAUUUUCUUUUGAUGAUCACUAAAAAUUUGGAAACUUGUGGCUGAUAUAGAUAAUGGUUGGGCCAAAUAAAAUGAAUCUGUUGGUAUUUUUCAUCUUGGAUUGCUAUUAUCUUUGUGGAUCUUGAAGAAAAGUACCAAAAAUUCUCUGGCAAAAAAAUGGUCUGCCUUAGUAGAGUUUAAUUUUUGUGUUAGUCUAAUUUCUCUGUGCAGAUUAAACAAUAGUGGACUGAUAUGGUCUAAGAUAAGCUGUGUUCAUAAAGAUGUCAGGCAAUGCUCUGAAGUUCUGAAUAAUGGCAUUUUGGACUGAUUCAAACCGAUGAAUGGAAAAAAUAUUGUGAUAGUCAAUAUGCUGAUGUAAAUUGCGCAUCUCCAUUGAGGGGCGAUUUACUGUUUGUAAUUUUCACUGUUAUUGCAGACUGCAAUAAUUUGAAAUACAUUGAUGAAUCAGAUUAGAAGUUGCAGCCUGUAUGUCAGUAUCUGGAGCUAAAAUCCACCAAAUCAGAGAAUGUGGUUCCCACAUUAAUCCCCCCCACAUGUUCACCUUAUAGGAGACACGCCGGGGUGUUGAGUCGCCUGGCCUGCGUUAUGCUAAGCUUGUUGUUUCGGCCCCAGCAAGACCCCUUCUUGCAUAUUAAAGACCUGGCCCUUAAUGUGUGUAUUUGUCUCUUCCCUUUGCUUUCUUUUAAUUAGUUUCUAAUUAGGGAUAAACAAUGCGCUGCUGAUAGCGCUGGAUGCUCUCUUGUGGCCCUGGUGCUGCGUGCUGCAUAAUGAUCCUUUAGUUUGCAUGACAAAAAGAGGCCAAAAGGGUGUGAAUCAUUAGGCUGAUAUUACUGCGAACCAAGCCAUUUGUGGCAGGACAUUUGGUGCAGCUUUAUCAGCAUAUUCAUCAACGGGAAUGAGCUGCACUGCAGAAUAAAGCAGAGUUAGUGAGACCAGAUGCAAUCUAUUUGAUUCAGUUUUGUUUAUAUGGGCAGGAAACGGCUGAUCCAGAAAAUGAGUUGUUGCAAUUCACCAAAUAUCUGCCAAAUCUGCAUCUGCUCUCUGAUAUUUCCUCAUCUGUGACACACUGCAGCCUGACUGAAGUAUUUCUGAUAAAUGUCUGCGUGUGUGUUCUGAGAGCAGUGAAACUGUUAGCUUUGAUUCUAAUUUUAACUUUUAUUGUGAUGUGUUUUUCAUCAUUUUUCUAUGACAUUUUAACUACCAUCAUCGUUUUUUCACUAAAUUUCAAAGAGGUAAAUAAAUACAAAUCUCUGAUUGGUUCUGAAGUAUUUGUACUUGGAGGUUUUAGUGUGCAUCUGGAGUCCUGAGGGCCCCUGCAGACCUCCAUGGAGGCACAGUGGUGAUUUGUAAUCAUUUUAAGAAUGUACUCGAGGUGAUUUCCUCGGAGAGAUCUGGUGCCGUCUGAGCUGCAGAGUGCUCUUUCAUAAAAGGGGCAAAUAUUGGAAACUGAAUGUAGAGGACCCUUCUCCUUUAGAGUGGCCUCUGUGAAUGCUGCAGGAGUGAAAAGCUGAAAUUCUAUGAGUUUGUGUGUGAGACAUCGGUCAGUUAAUCUCUUUUUAAUGAACAUGUUGAUCACAGCAAUAGCGGGUAAACUCAUAGGUUCCCAUACUUUGUAAAGACUUGUUACAGUAGAUUAAACAUGCUUUUAUUUUGUUCACUGAGAGAGAACCAAUGCAGAUCAUCUUCAGUGAAGUGCAGUGGGGGCUACCAUGUUUAAAAUGAGCUGAAUUUCCAUUGAUGUUACUUCUCAAUAAUGAGCCCCUUGAGUUUCCUGAAUAAUCAAACACAUUAAAUGUUUGCAAAGAAAUUCAAGGAGUUCACCAGAAAACAUUCUUUAUCCUCUGCUUCAUCUGACAGCAAAAAAUAAAGUCUGUAAAUCAUCAGCACUAACAGCAAGAGUACUUUCUAUUUAUAAAAAUCCCUAAAAUCUUUUGUUUCUUUCUAAAAAUCUCCAGGUUUAAAGUUUAAUGCUGAUCGAUUCAAUGAUAUGGGUAAAACUUGUUAAUGUAUGUGUUUUAAAGGGAAUGAGUGAACAAAGUGUAUUCCUCUUUUUAACAUAAGCUUCUGCUUCAAAUCAGGUGAAUCAAAGUCAAGAAUUAAACUUUUUCUAACUUUAUAAAAUAGUUUGGGUUCCAGCUGGGUUGGAAGUAGACACUAGGGGUGCAUGAUAAUUAUCGCCCCAAUAUCAGGAAAUUAUGACGUCAUUCCUAAAAAUCAAAUAUCAUGACUUAUCAGGCCCGAUAACAUAUCAAAUAUUUGUCAGCACUGUAGUGUGAGCCGUGGUGCUCAGUCCUCAGCCACUAGUCCUCAGGUGCUCCCUCUCCCACAUGAGACCUGCAGGUAAAUGCUGCGUUCAAGUGUUGUCCGUCAACCAGAAAAACAACCUUCUCACUGGAAAAAUGCAUUAUUCACUCACGACUUAAAACAACUCAUCAACUGGGUCAUAAUUUUGGUAGUAACUGACUGAUAUCAACGUCUCUACCACAGCAUUUUACUCAUCGCCCUGGAUGUUCCGCAUAAAUCAUAGAAAAACGAACAUAGAAGCUUGAUCUUUUUUCAGGUUGGCCUGAAUGCCGUCCUAUUGUAUCAUCAGCUAUCAUUAACACAAGUGCAUAUGAAUAAAUAAAUGUCCUUGUUGUGUGUUUGCAGCGAAGCCCAUCAGUCUGGUGGAGCGCUGCUGGUGUCGCUCCACCCUCAUCACUGUCCCUCAGCGCUCCAUCAAAGAGCUCAAGUUCCUCCACACGCCCAACUGCCCCUUCCAAGUCAUGUAAGUACGAUAGACUUUCAUUUCCUUCACAGUUUACCUGGAGACAUGUGAUUUGAGUUGUAAAGAAAAAAAAACAGUCCUCUGUGAACUGAAGUGCAUUCAAGUUAAUCACAGUGACGAAUACGUUAUUCUUGGGACUCCGGUUCAGUUAAAGUACGUCUCGAGCACAACUCUCGGCCUUUUUGACUCGUAUCAUUCCCUCUCUCUCUUCUCCUCUGCGCUGUCCCUUAUAAGUGGUAUAAAAGCUCAAAGUUAACUAAAAAAAAAGUAAUGAUCACUUUGAAAUAGUUAUAAUAAAGAGGAUAAAAACUAUAGAGGAUUUCAGCACAGCAUUGAUCAAAAAGUGACUUGAUUUUGAUUCCUUGUGUGCAGGUGUCACAAAGCAAGAACAUAUACGUGCCUGUUAAUGACCCAGCCAACACUCAGCCUGCCUUGUUCCUAAACACAGAUCAUUAUUUGGCCAUAAUUGAGAUAAAUUCCUUCAUUAAAAGACACAAAAAUGUUAGACUUCCUUGGUGCAUAUCAGACCAUUUUUCGUAACAUUAAAACAUAAUUGAAAAAUAAUGUAUUCUUUGGACCACAAUGAACCCUGUCAGUCAUUAAUCCAAUGAGUUAACCUUUUCCUUUGUAGUCCUUUCUCUUUCACUGGUGUUGGUACAUAAAAUAAUAAAGCAGCGAGCAGAUACAUUAAGAUAAGAUAUGUUAAGUGUGGUGUUAAUAUCCUUCUAUUCUUCCUCUAAUGAGUGGCCUGAGUUUAAAACAACACGGUCACUCACAGAGAGGAAAAGAGUGACAGCCGGAGCUCGAGGGGCCGUUUAUGUUUAGCAAAGGAAGCAAUAAUUAAGGGUCAAAGUGAUUACCUUUGUGUUUCUGCUGACCCCCUGUGUCCCCUGACCACGUAUACUUUUUUUACUUUUUUUUUUUUUUUUUUAUGUCCCGCCUCAAUCUGCCAGGCAACACUGAGCAGAAUGUCACUGGUCUGGAACAUAUUAACUAAAAAGCCUCAUUCAUUUGUUGGCAAUAGAAAACGGGAUGGCAAAAGCCUUGCAGGCAAAAGGCUCAAUGGCUGUGGGGAUUCGGCCAAGCUGAGAAAGGGCGGGGUGAGGGGGAGAGGGGGUGAGGUAGUGAGAAGUUGCCGCUGCUGGGUGUUGGAAAAGAGGUGAGCGAAUGGCAAAAGGUCAGAGAGGACACCCGACACAAACUCCCUCUAACCUCGCUCCAGAAAUCUGCCAGAAGAGUCAAGGAGUCAUUCAGGCGAGCUGCUCCGAUAUCUCUAUUGAGGCAGAUGAAAGAAAGUCAGUAACACUUGCCCCUCUCUCCCCCCUCCCCCAUUAACAGGCUGUUGGUAUUAACUUGCUGUGAAGUAAUUACUACCUGCUGCUUGAGGAACUCUAGCCUCCAAAUUCCAGCCAAGUCAAUUAGGAUUUGGAGGCUCUCGGUGGGUCAUCCAGACAAGCAGACAGAUAAACAGGAUGAAGGAGACACAUGAAAACAUGAGCCGACCACCCCCGAUAAAAUAAAAAGGAGGGGGAAGAAGAAGAAGAUGCAGAAAGGGGACAUCCCCGGAGGAAAAGCAAACACAGAUCCAGUUACUGAGCUCUUGGCCUUCUGACUCACAUGUUAGUUUGAGGGAUUUGAGGAUUGAUGCUCCCAAACGCCUCUUUUAAGUGCAGGGGCCAUUUGCUCAUGUGUAUGCAUGUAAAUGGGGUGAAGAAAAGGGGAGGUGGGGUAUUUAAGGGGUAACACGGGUGGAGGAGAAUCAGAAAGCAGUGACGAGGGAGGAGAGGAGGUGAAGAGAGGAGGAAUGUGUUUAAUUUGCAGCGUUGUGUGAUGGAGAGAUGGAGGGCAGAGAAAGAGGGGCAGCAAGACCAGACACACCUCUGGGGUUGUUAAGUCUCAUACACGACCUUUUGCCACAGAGGUGUGAGAUCAACAUGUUUGUGGAGGGGGGAGACCCUGCUGUCUGCCCCCCCACUUAGCAGAUCUGAGACCCAGCAGCAGUGUCUGAUAAGAGAACAAAUCCGCCCCUAAAUAUUUAGCUGAGCUCUCCAUCAACAGGCCAGAUAAAACUCGCAGAAACACACUCAGAGACUGCAGAGCUGCUCAUCACAGACUACUGCAGCUGCUGCAAAUUGAAUUUACUCUGACCAGUAAACUACAUCAUCGUUUGGGGAUACUCGUAAUUUUUGAUCUACUCAGUUUUGAUUAAAUUUUAUCACAAUCAGUGGCAAAAAUCAAACAUGAAAUACGAACUAGGAUUACACAUAAGGUCAAAUAAACAACUUGGAGAAGAAAUGAAAAAGAAAGAAAAUCCUCCUAAAACAUCUCUAAAGUUAAAGAAAACAGAGUUUCUCAGAAGUUUCCAUCAUAGAUUCAAGUGAAUUGGGUUUUGAAGAGAUGUUAAAUUUACAAAAAGAAAUUUUAAUUACCCUGAGCACCUCUGAUGGUAAAGAACAGUUCAACAAUGAUCCUUUUUAGACUGAACCUGGAGUAUGGGAAAUUGCUCCCCUAUGAAAACUCUCCAUCAUCUCUGAUUAAAGGUUAGAGCUCACCGUUUACUCUGUGCGAGUUGCCCCUGAGAAUAAACAGAGCUGUGAUUUUUCAGACCGCGGUCUGACAGUCCCUCAUCCCUGCCAUAAUCCUCUGGACUGGAUGUGUUGUAGGAUGUGUGCAGAUUUUUAGAGAUUAGCAGAGGUGUUUCUGAGCUCCGUCUUCGUGAACCCUUCCUGAUUUAUUGAGCUCAAUCCAACAUCAAGUCUCUUUGAUUUAUUUGGACUGAACCGUAACAAGGGCAGAUGUUUGAACUGCAUGACUGGAUAUGUCAAAGAAGGAAUAAUUUGAGUUAAAAUAAAUGCAGGCAGGCUGAUGUUCAAGACUGUAGCAUUUGUGCGAUUAUUUACUCUUCACAUUAAAGUGACAGCUUGUUGGAGGAGCUAAUCCUCUGCUUAAAUUGGGACAGGUAGUAAGAUAUUCAGGUCUUCAGAAACGAGGUUGAGCUUACGCUGGGGAAAAAUUAGGAUAAUUUAAGACAUAUCAAUCCUCAAAGCCUAAAUUAAAGACAUAUAUAUGUUGUUUUGUCACACGGCAGGAAAAAAAACACUUCAUCUUUGGUUCAAACACCUAUAAUAGGCACAGACACACUCCUGCAGACUUUAUAGAGUUUUACAGAACAAUAAAUGUUACUUAAAGCACUUUUAGGUUUAAAAGACCAUACCAGUGGUUAGUGUGUUUAGGUUUAAUCACUGCAAAUUGCUUGGAUUGUACAUUUCUGCCCCCUAUUAUCCAAAUUAAAGGCUACCAAAGGCUUUUAGUCAGUUUUCCUCCCCAUUUCUUCCUUUAACUUUCACAUCUGAUGGAUUAAUUUGCAAAGAAUUUGACUCCUCCUGGGAAAGAAUCACUCACAUUGAAAACAUGAACUUUGUAAUCAAAAUGAUGUCAAUAUUUUUGGUUUUCAGCACUGAGCUUGAACUGUUUUGGAAUUACGUGGCGUGUUAUAAAACUCAAACUAUGAAAAAAAAGGACUAAGCUAAACCUGAUUGAUCAGGCUGCAAGUUUUUACAAGAUGGGUGAUAGUGGACUGCUGUGAUUUAAAGCCGCUUGCUGGGUCUGUGGGGGCACAUCCUGUGAGGUUGGAAAGGUAAUGGGCAGAUACUAUGCUAUAAACCCUAAAUGCCCGCUUUUGUGAGGUCAAACUGCAUGACUGAGUCCUCACUCUGUCCAAUUUGGACACACAGACUUGUAUUUUAGAUUCAGAGACUCACACUUUCAGUCUAUAACACUAUAUUAUCUAGGGGUGGAAGAAAAAAAAUCGAUUCAAAAAAGUGUUGUGAUUAUUUUUGUUUUACAAUUUUUAAAUUGAUUUUUAUGUUGUUGUUUUUUUUUUCAAAUUUAAGAAUAAAUCUUAAUAAUAAUCAAUAGACAAUCAUAAUCAUUCAACUGUUUCUCGUGUUAAAAAUGCAGGCUAAAGAUCAAGACAAUCAACCAAAUCAAGAAAAUCGUUGUCUCGCUGUCCAAGAAAAACAUUAUAAACUCAAUUUUUUUUGUAUUUAUUUUUGAAAUUCUGUUUAAUUUAGAUACUUAAUUUUUAUUUAUUAAUUAUAAGUAUUAAGUUUCUUCAACUAUUUAAUUUGAGUCACUUUUGGUGCCCCCUGUGGACACAGCAGUCUUUGCUUUUCCUGUCCUUUGCGUGCUCACUUGGUGUUUUGCUCUGCUGAGUUUCAAAAGCCAAAUGUUUCAUUUAAUGUGAAUGUUUAUGUAGAAAUAGUUAAACAGGGAUGCUUUUUUUUAAAGCCACUUGGCUGACAGCUACCCCCCUCACACAGUUUUUUAGGCCUGUCACUGCUGGUCUUUUUUGCUUUAGAUAUUAUAAAAUGGUAAUUUAAGUCUAUUUUGUGAAAGUCCAAAAAAUCCUCACAGGAGCUUUGAAUGAAAUGGGAGUUAAAUCGUAGAGUUGCACAAGUUCUUUCAAAAUUCCAGCUGACCUCACAGCAAAUGAAAUACAUCUUGUUUUUGUGCCAUGUUUGCUGCAAAAUGAGUCCAGAGGUAUAAAACUCUGGAGUCUCUGAGUUAUAACAAGCAGUAAAGUAUUGAAAUAAAAUUACUUCUCCUUGUUAUCCUUGUUAUGCUUCCUUCGACAAACAACAUUGACCUAAAGACCGGAAAAAUAAGUCUAAUAAAGAUAAGAAAAGACCACAAAUGCUCCUCUGUGUAGCAGUAUUGCACAAGAACACUUAAAAGUAUGCAGGCAUAUCUAAAUGUAGCCGACAAGUUGUGACAUUUUAAUCUUUUCUUUCCUCUCUCAGUGCCAAACUGAAGAACAACAGGGAGGUCUGCAUUAACCCAGAGACCAAGUGGCUUCAGCAGUACUUAAAGAACGCCAUCAACAAGUGAGUAAAAACACCUCCUCAUCCGCUCUCUCUCUUUCUCAGCAGACACAUUUGUGAUGAUAGAAAAGAAUUACAGCUCUCCUCUUGGCAGGACUCAAGCUUACAAAGAAGAAAUCACGCCCUAUCAAAAAAUGUCGUUUUCUUAGUUACUUGCCGACAGUUCCUCUCUGAGAUCACUGACAGGGUUGAUGUAAGAAGCUGAGUUAUUAUCCGUGAAAUAAUUAACAGUGACUAAGAGGAGUAAUAAAUCUGUCACUGGUGCAUCUGCUUUCUUCUUUCUCACAAACUCAGAGACUUCAGGUAAUUUCUUAUUAUCUUCACCCUGUCAGUCUGAUUUUUCUAUUUCUAUUCUUACUUUUUCCACCAUCAAGAUGUGGUUUUACAUCCAAGUCCAGGUUUUUGAGCUGCAUUGGGGGUGAAAAAACUCCUCGUUGUAAAAAGUUGCAGCAGCUCAUUUAGAUUUUAUUGAGCUCUGCUGUUAAAAUGUGUGCAUUCCUCAUAAAAAUAUGUUCCCAACAUGUCUGGUGGUGAUUAUCGGCAGGCUGCACGUCUGCUGCUUUAAACACCAUAAACACUUAAAGCUCAAUGUGAAAACAAACAGUAACGUGAUUUCUGGGAUUUAUGAGGUAUUGUUUAUUGUGAUUGUAAAAAGACCUGUGUUAAAGUAGACUUAUCACCUUGUAUGUAGCACAGCAGCAAACGGCAGUUUCCAUACGUAAAAAGUUGAGUAUCCGUUACUAUAAACUUUGGGGAGACAUGCAAAAAAAAAUCAGCUGAAAUGCAGCAGUGUUUCAAGUUUCUUUACCGGGCAUGUGAGCUUUAGCAGUAACAGAGGUAUGCGUGGGAACACAGUUUAGUGUGAUAAGAGUGUUUUAUUUUAUAGGUGCUCAUUAAAAGAGUCAAGAAUAAAUGAGGUGAAAAUUACAAAAUCCACCUGUUUAUUUCAACAUAGUUCAACAAGAACACAAACUCUGUAUAAGCUUGUGAGUGAGUUAUGUGUGUGUGAGUGUUCUCUGCUGUCACACAAACGGAGCUUGAGUUUUUCUCAUCUCAAACUUUUUCUUCAGUAUCGGCUGCUCUGUGUCAGCCUCGCCCUCUCUCGCUCUCAUGUUCACUUACAGUUACACAUAAACUACAUUUAUGUGCUGCAUGUUCACCUUUCAAAACUGUUCACCAACACUUGAGGUCCCUCUCAUGUACAUGGCGGCUGUAAUAAGAGUGACUCUUUUCAACAGCACCCAGCAACAUGAUCAUAGCUUCAACUGAUUUAUGGAAACCACCGACAAAUUAUAAACAAACUGGUACAUAUAAACACAUCCACCCUCUUAGAAAUCAUCGUGUAUUUCUAUUCUGAUAAGUGACUUUCUUUUUUGAACACAUGCUUAUGAAUUUUCAUGGCACAUAAAUAUACCAGACCAAGCUAGAAACAAACAGCUUUAAACUGUUUUUUUUUUUUUUAUUAUUAUUAUUAUAACAAUUGUAAAACAAAAUGCUGUUAAUAUGUAUGCCUUUUUAUGAUAUUAUACAAAAGUAAAAAAAAAAAAAAAGAUGAUUAGUUACAAGAUUGACAACUGUUCUAUCAUAAUAUCUGAUGCCUGAAAACAGCGUGAAGGGAGUAGGUGUCAGUUUUCCAGUUUUCCUUGUGUGUUCAUGUUAACUGCAUGUCAUAAUUGCUGUCACACAAAUAUUUUGUAUAUUUCAAACUCUGACAUUUGUGAAAAACUUAACAAGGUAAAACUGACCCUCUUUGAGAGCAGAUUCUCUGUGUGCAAAGUUGAUAGAAGAUGUCAGAUGGUUUAUUAACUUUAGUAGAGUAUCUAAUACAACCCCACUCCAAAAGAACCUGUCCUCUUAUACUGAAGGAAAUCUUUAUUUCUGAAUCAUUCACUUGAUUUUAUUACAAAAAACAUUCUGUGAAUUGUUUUUGGAAAAUCUGGCCCCUCUAAAUUUUAAAGAUUACUAUCUCUGACUAAUCCCAUAAAUUUCUCUCCAGGGUGAAGAAAUCCAGAAGACGCAGCAAGAAAAACUAACUCAAGAAGAUGUGUAUGUCACCAGACCUGGAGACCCCGAGUGGAGCCUGUAUACCUCCCUGUCACUGCUACGAAUGUAUGAGAACACGCUGUAUGUACCGUCCACUGCUUCAGUCCUCCUGCAGAAACAGCACUUCACCGCCAAACUGCACCAUCCACUGCAAGCCUCUGAAAACCUCUGGACCUCCACUAUUCUACAAUGAAUGACGGGACUUAAUAAUGUCAGAGAUGUGUGUGUGAGUGGCAUGAACGACUGUGUGUGUGAGUGCGUAAAUAUGGGUUUCACAUGGAGUAGCUCUGACUGUGUGUCUGUAAAUAUUAUUUUCAGGCUUCAUACAUGGCUUUGUGGGUAAUGCUACCUUCACUUCCUGUCAAAUUAACUGUAAAUAUGAGCUGCUGAAACAACUAUAUAGGCCCCCGAGGAGGAAGUUUUUUGCCUGGUCAUGUUUAAAUCACCCAAAUGUGGUUUUGCAAACUGAAGAGGUGUUUCAUUCACAGACAGCAAAACCACCCGAACCAAAAAUGAUCAGUUGCAGUUAAAUACAGUUACGGGAAUAUAUCUAUUUGUGCUUUCACAGCUUUUUGAAAGAGUAAUUUUUUAUGUUAAUUUCAAAUACAUAGAAAAUUUUUGAAUGAUGCUGUUUCACAUUUUUAUCAGAAACUCUUCUGAUGCGUAUUUGGCAUUACACUUAGACUGAGAAGUAAAAGGCCAAACUGGCUACAGGGUCUCAGGCAGGGAUCAAUGAGAGCAUGCGAGGCUUAAACAGGGACAAAACACAGGGAAGCUCACGCACAUGGACACACACACACACACACACACACACACACACACACACACACACACACACACACACACACACACACACACACACACACACACAUAAACAGACACACAUACUGUUUAGAAACAAGCACUGAUUUCCUGGUGCUAUAUAUUCAGUAUAAGAGGGCAGAGCCAUUGACUUUGUUAUAUGUCACUGUUUAUUUUUAUGCAAUUUAAGGUGAGAUAUUACAGACUCUACAUCUUGAAUAAGACACAGUUAUGUUUUUAUACAUCACAAAAUAUUUAAAGCGCUGUUGUUGGAGUCUGAUAUGAAAAAUGAAGUGGAAAGGUGAUCUGUGCUCAGACCACACUGAUAGAAGGGUAUAAGAAAGUGGAAGAAAACACUUAUUAAUGCAGCUUUUUACUGAUUUAACAUACCAGGUGACAGAGACCAAAUAUUUAUACAGGAAAACAUUGAACAUGCUAAGACUUCAGAGAUACUGACUUUCAUCUGCUGGUAGAAAAAUGUAGGAAAUCUUCAAAAGUCACUUGGGAAAUAUUUGUUAUAAACACUGCAGGAUUUUCAGACCAACACCGUCCUGGGUAGGAAUGAGAAGCUAAAAAGCCGCCACAUAAAGCAGCUUAAUGAUGAAAUUCACAAAGGGAAUAUUAGCCGUGGCUAAAAGAAGUGUUUGAUCAUUCUUUUUUAUAUAUAUUUGAGCCACUUUAUAAUCUAAUGUGUCUUUAAAAUUGUGUUGUUUUAUUUUUAUAUUGUGUAUAAUCUUACUAAAUGCUUCUUAAUGCAAUGUACAGCAGGCAGAAACUACUAAGUGAAAGCUAGUCUAUAGAAUGCAAAGACCAGUACUAAAUAUAAUUUCUGCAGCUUUUCCACAUUUUACAAUCUGUUUGUUAAAGUUAAAUGUGAUUUAAAAAAAAAAAAAAAAACAUACAACACCUUUUUACUAUGUGGAUAAAAACAGGAAACACUUCACAAUAAGGGCAAAAAUGUUAUACUUUAUCAUAGGUAUUACAAGGGUCAUGUUUAACAAAUACAGAAAAUGAUAUAAUUCCUUAGAAAGUAUCAUCAUCUAAGGAAUAGCAAAUUAUAUAUUUUAAAUGUUGAAGAGUAAUGGCUAUUUGUUAUGUUUUAUUAUAAAUAAAAGGAGUGUAGUUAUUUUUUAUUGCAUCGUUAUUGUUACCAUAUUUUGACAUUAACAUUAAUCAUGAUUAACUAAUUUAUAUGGCAACUUUUUUAUGAAAAACUUAAUGUGCUUUACAAUAAGGAAGUUAUGGACCAAUAAUAGCAGUAUUCAGGAAAAGGAUUGUAUAACACAAAGUGGCAAAUAAAACUCAGAAAAUAAUGAUGGGAUUAAGAUUUCUACAUGCCUUUCAUUAUUUUUAAAACACUAUUAAUGUUUUGCAACAUUGUUAAUUAUGUACUUAAAAUUUUCAAUAUUAAUGGAAAUAUGAAGGAGGCUCAUUUUGAUUCAUUUAGAAAGGCAGCACAAAUGGUCGAAAAAUAAACUUUGGUGUCAAGCUAGCUGCUCCGUACUGACUAAUGCUGUGAAAUAAAUAUCUUUAACUGAUGUUUUAGCUGGCGUGAAGGGACUGAAAAAGUCAAGGUGGCUGUAAUGUCAGUUAAUUGUGAGCAGCAAGAAUCAAUGAUUCAUCAUUCAGUAAUUUAUGUAUUUAAUAAUCAUCACUCACGCAAGGUGACGGCGUAAAGUAAAACAUUGAGACCCUUAUUAUAAAGUGAAAUUGAAAUCGUCAGCCAAACAAGAGGAAUAUCUCCCCCCGCUUCGUUUCCCUCUCUGCUGUCCCUUAACAACCAUUCUGACAUGUAACAAAGGUGACCUGAAUACAGUCUGGAAAUCCAGCACACAGUGACCGAAAAAACAAAAGCUGCUGUCAUUGUGUUCAGCCCACAAGUCGUCUCCCACAACCCCCUGAUUUGAUUUCUGAACACUUUUCCUGAAGUUGAUGUAUGAUGUGUCAAAGAGAGCACUGAGCCAAAACAGAAAGAAACCUUUAAGGGGAGAUCCAAGACACCAACAUGUGCUUUCAAUCAGGACACUCCCAGCCCCCCCUGGGCUUUCUGUUCACUUUCACUCAACCACUGCCAUGCUGCAAAAUUACAAGUUUGUUUCUUUAAACCGUACUGGAUGUCUUGGUGCUCGUGGUCAUUGUUGUAGUUGAAUUUGGUGUUAUGUGGUCUAUUUACCAAGUGCCUGAUUACAGGUGAUAACCAGAUCAGUUAGCAGGUAAUGGUGCAAUGAUCCUUGUGGUGCAAUCCAUUCCCCUUAAACAUAAUGGAAGUAAAUUGACAUUGAUUUUAUCGUAUUACCCUCAUUUGUCCAAACACAGAACUAAAUAAGUUUAAGCGCUACAGUUUCCUAACAGACUGAUGCUAAUCCACUAACGUUUUCCUGUUUUCAUUGCUAAAUUCAAAACACACCAUCCAGGUAGUUUGUUAACUAACAUCCUAAAGGCAGUUUGUGUUAUUGCUCAUAAAAACAAUCUUAACCGUCAAUGCUGCAGAUCCAGUGGAAAUAUUCAUCCCACUCUCACUGCUGUCUCUGCAUGAAAAAAAAAAACUCAGUGUGAUCCAAAUACAGACCCAUUUAUCACAGAGCAGAAAGAACCCCUACGCUGAGUGUCUUUUUGUAUCUUUGGACCAAAUACACAUAGAGGCGUGAUUUGAGUUGAAGUUGAGUGCAUGUGUUGUACUCUGCUUUGGACCCCGAGAAAAUGUGAAAUCUCUUUUGAGGCAGCUCCUGACACAUAUUCUUCAUAUACCGGAGAUGUAUUAAAGUAUUAUUCUCUGUAUUGUCACUGUUAGUGAACCAGAAGGCAGUAUUUUUAGCCAUGAUACUACAGACAUUUUUUAAUAAAGUCAUAUGAAUUAAAUUA